UGCGGAUUGGCUGACGGUUGAAAAGGCCAACAAUACCGCAUGAAGAACCGAAGGCAGGCCAGACAAGACCUCGAAACCGACGUGAAAGCACGCAAAUUCCCUUAGUUUUUCUCGUUUGUACGUAAUAUCCAAAGAUGUCUGGCCGUGGCAAGGGAGGCAAGGUGAAGGGCAAGUCAAAGUCCAGGUCUAGCCGUGCUGGCCUUCAGUUCCCAGUUGGUAGGAUUCAUAGACUUCUUCGCAAGGGAAAUUACGCUGAGCGUGUAGGAGCUGGUGCUCCCGUGUACCUGGCUGCAGUUAUGGAGUACCUUGCUGCUGAGGUUUUGGAGUUGGCUGGUAAUGCUGCAAGAGACAACAAGAAAACUCGUAUCAUCCCUCGUCACCUCCAGUUGGCCAUUCGCAAUGAUGAGGAACUCAACAAAUUACUCUCUGGAGUAACAAUUGCUCAGGGAGGAGUCCUGCCCAAUAUCCAGGCUGUGCUCUUACCAAAGAAGACAGAGACAAAGAUGGGAAAGAUGAAGAGCCAGUCUCAGGAGUAUUAGGCAGCAUGAAGCAUCAGCUCAGAAAAAAAAUUAUUGGCAGUUUAAUUUCUUCAAACUGUCUAUUUUCUAUUGUUUAGCAUCCUUGUUGAUAAGCAUAAGCACUUCAUUAUUUUCCUUUUAUCAUCUUAAUGUUGGCCCAACAAAAAGGAAACCCAUUAAAUAUGAACACUUGAUCAAUACUUGAUUGUUGUUUUUCAUUCAUCCCUUCAUUUCGAUUGUUGUGCUUUUCAUUUAUACUUUCAUUUGUAGUGGUAUGCUUGCAAUGCUAAACUUUGUUGAAAUGAUCUGGCAGCACUUUCCUUAUAUUUUCAAACUUUCAUCAGUUCUUUACAAAGCUCUGUCAAUGAGAAACAAGAUUUUGCUGUUGUGUACAUUACAGUUAAGAAAACUUACUGAUGAUUAGACAUAGCAAAGGUAGUUCUGAGUAAGGUGUUUCCUUUUUUUGUUAAAAACACUCCAUUCCUAUUUCAAGAAGUACAAGCUUUUAGUUUAAGGAUGUCACAAGUGUGAUUGUAUUUUACUGCCAGAGUUGUCAGGUUUUAUGCUUUUGUAUUAAAUGUGUCUCUUAAA